GAAAAAGGUUCACCAAAGAAACGGAGGAAGGGAUUGAAGGCUGGACAUUGGGCAACAAUCGCAGCAACAACAGGCAUCUUCGUGAGCAAAUUUCAUUUUCAUUUCACUUCAACAGAAAAAGAAGGCGCCUUUGUCAAAACCAUGACGUGGCCUCUAUUCCCAUCUCCCCCACUACUACGCCAUUCCCGCAACCAUCCAUCGUCAACACGUCCAAUCUCCCAAAUUGAUCGGGAGACAGCAUUUUCAUGAGCAAAACCCUCUGCUUUUUUGGGUUUUUGAUGUAAAGUUUCUGUCUUUAGGUGAUGGGUUUGGGUAUAAUUUGUAAUGGGGGAAUCGUGAAUCAAUGGUGAGAGUCUGUGAGGGGUGGGAAGUUGGGGUUUUUCUUCUUCCCUUUUGCUUUUGUUAUUUAUUAUAGAUAAUAAUGGGGAAUGUGAAUGGUAGAGAGGAUGGGAAUAGCAGCCCGUCAGGGGUUGAACAAGAAGGAGGUAACGACGUACAGGAAGGCAUGGCUGCAACCGUGGUUCACUCCCCUCCUCACUGCUCCAAAGCCAACCAGUUGCCUAUCAUGUUCACUCCUCAGGUUCCAGUGGUUCCAUUACAAAGACCUGAUGAGAUGCAUAUCCCUAGCCUUUCAUCGAUGCAGGCUUGGGCAGGGUAUGAAGAUAUACCCAAUGAACAAGGAAUUCCAACAAUGAUUACAUGGAGCUAUGAUGGGAAGACAGUAGCUGUGGAGGGAUCAUGGGAUAACUGGAGAACAAGAAUACCUUUGCAGAGAAGUGGAAAAGACUUCACUAUUAUGAAAGUGCUGCCAUCAGGUGUUUACCGCUACCGGUUUAUUGUUGAUGGACAAUGGAGUUAUGCCCCUGACUUGCCCUGUUACCGAGAUGAUGCCGGCAAUGCUUACAACAUUUUGGACUUACAAGAUUAUGUACCAGAAGAUCUUGGAAGCAUAUCUAGUUUGGAGCCUCCUCAGUCUCCAGAGGCAAGCUACAACAACUUGCAACUCGGAGGAGAGGAUUUUGCCAAGGAACCACCUAUGGUUCCUCCACACCUUCAAACAACGCUGCUCAAUCUGCCAGCAUCAAACAUGGAGAUUCUCCAUUCAUCAAGGCCUCAACAUGUGAUCCUCAAUCAUCUUUACAUCCAGAAGGGAAGGAGUGGCCCAUCUGUGGUGGCACUUGGUUCAACCCACCGAUUUAAGGCCAAGUAUGUGACAGUGGUGCUCUACAAGUCCUUGCAGAGGUAGUGUCAGGCAAUGGCAUUGUUCAGGUAUUCACCUUGUGGUCUCCAGUCUUUAAUGUAGAUAAUUUAUAGUAUAAAUUAGUAUGUAGAGAUAGAAUCUUUCUGAUGCGCAAAGUAUGUUAGGACUUAGGAGUCCUAUAUGGAAAUUUCUAAGAUUGAAUUUUCACAUAAAGCUAAUAUUUAUUG